AUGACAGGGACACGCAUGAAAUCAAAAACUCUAGCCAGGGCGGGGGGGUCAAAAUCUGUCACCCUGGAACGAACCGGCGAGGAGGGAAAUCUACGUAUGUCUCUACAAGUACAUGCUGACCCUCAGGGCUACCGAACUCGUGUGGGCUACUAUGCGGACCUUUUCCUCAAACUAGCCGGGCCAAUUCAAGAGGGGGAUUACAGUCGAGAAGAACGUCACAUUGGUUUUAUUUCAAGUUGGCGCCUCUCCAAAGAGCCAAAUCAGUAUGGACACGAGAAUUACCAACCAUGGGUCACGGAAUGGUUGCGUAGCGAGUUGGGAGAUAAGGACGAUGACUCAAGGCCUUUCAAGGAGACGCUGAGGCUAUUAUAUGAUGAUACUGGUAGGAUACGGGGGAAUAUCAAUGAUGAAUUGAUACGUUCUGCCUUGGACGAGACUGGAAACGAGCUCGUAUUUGUUGAAAUGCUGUGGAUCAAGUACAAAGACGACACUACUGGAAUGCAGUACUCCCGCCAACGUAUUGCACCUCACGCUCUAGAACUAUUUUACUCACUUCUAAACAAUGGCACUCUACCAGCGUGGUAUACAAUCAAUCUGCCCAUUACGUUUAUUGCGAGGGCCGGCAUGCCUUCGGACGACGGCCUGUCAGAGAUGUGGCUCAACGAACAUCCCAGGAAUUCGGGUCAGACCGAGAAAGAUUACCGUGCUAGGAUCUCAGACCACAUAGAGGCUUUCCUCCAAAUUGUACAGCGUUAUGGAUACAGGAAGAUCAGCAAUGACCACCGUGUAGUGGUGCUGACGGUUUCUCUCCCCCAACGACUCCGGGUAGUCAACUCGACGCUUGAGGAUGAGACCGCCCGACCCCAACUGGGCCCGAAACAGAUCAAACCACAGGCUGUAUUGUCGAGUAUACGAUGA